UUCGCGGUCAUGACCCUAGACCCCACAGAUCAGCAUCUUAGGCAUGUCGAAAAAGAUGUUUUGAUUCCUAAAGUAAUGAGAAAGAAGGCCUGGGAGAGAUGUUCUGAACAGGCCCAAGAUUUUACCAGAUGUUGUAAGGACUCUGGAUUGGUUACGGUGGUAAAGUGCCAGAAAGAAAAUUCUGCACUGAAAGACUGUCUGACUUCUUACUAUAAAGAUACAGCAUCUUAUGAAGAAUGCAGAAUGGAAUACCUGAAGGAAAGGGAAGAGUUCAGAAUAACUGUAAUUCCUUCCAGGAAAAGGCUACAGAAGCUUCCAACAAGCAUGUAGGCAAGUAGU